GACGGGUGAUGAGGAUGGCGUGAGUUCGUGUUCGAUUCCAGAAAUUGCAAUCCAGCUGAGCUAAACCUUCUGAAGAAGAGAAAAGGAAGAAGAUCCCUUUCAUAACUUUGAUCUCAAAUCCAACAGUUUCAGCUCCAAUUCAUCACCUACAAUGGUGGUCUGUAAAUGCCGAAAGGCUACUAAGCUGUACUGUUUCGUACACAAGGUACCCGUUUGUGGAGAAUGCAUAUGCUUUGCACAACAUCAAUUAUGUGUGGUCCGUACAUACUCUGAAUGGGUCAUUGAUGGAGAUUAUGAUUGGCCUCCAAAAUGCUGUUUCUGUCAUAAUGUGCUUGAAGAGGCAGCCGAUACUCAAACUAUCCGAUUGGGUUGCUUGCAUAUAAUACACAAAAAUUGCUUUCUAUCACACGUGAAAGGUUUUGCACCACAUACUUCUCCACCUGGAUAUGUGUGUCCAGCCUGUUCAGCUUCAAUUUGGCCCCCUAAAAGUGUCAAAGAUUCAGGAUCUUCUCUUCAUUCAAAACUGAAAGAGGCAAUUCUGCAGACUGGUCUGGAGAAAAACUUAUUUGGAAAUCAUCCUAUAUCUUUGCCGGCAAUAGAAUCUCGAGAUCCUCCACCUGCUUUUGCUUCAGAUCCAUUAAAACAAAUUUCUAUUGCUGACCCUGGUGGAAAAGAUGUUGAAGGGUACAUAACGCCAGGUGCAAUAGGUUCGGGGAAGCCUUCCACCUUUGAUAUUGUAGAGACAGAUGGCCCACAUCCAUCUACUUCGCCUCAGUCCAAUCAUGAGCCUGGUUUUAUUAAGAGCGCAAGCCCGCAUGGUCCUGGCGCUACCACACGAAAGAGCAUGAUGCAAGUUGAUAAACAAAAUUCUGAAGCUUCAUAUUAUGCCGACGAUGAAGACGGAAACAUAAAAAAAUACUCCAAGAGAGGUACAUUCCGACAUAAGUUUCUUAGAUCUCUGCUGCCUUUUUGGUCAAGUGCAUUACCAACACUACCUGUAACUGCACCUCCACGAAAAGAAACAUCUAAUGCUGAUGAUGUGGCAGAAGGUCGUACACGACAACAUAGAUCAUCUUCCAGAAUGGAUCCAAGAAAAAUCCUCCUCGUCGUAGCACUCAUGGCUUGCAUGGCAACGAUGGGCAUCCUGUACUACAGAAUCGCACAGAGUGGUCCGGAGGAGCUUCCUAAAGACGGGCAGACUGAUAGUGUAUCAUUUGAAAGAUGAAGACUAUCAUUUCAACCAAACGAGUCGUCGGUACGUUCCCUUUUAUUUGGCUCUUCUGCGGAUGCAUAUGGUUAUUCUGUAAACUAAAUAGAUGAAAUCAAUCAUUACCAAAAUCUUCUUGACUUUUUUUCCCCCUUCACCUUCUCCCUCCUCACUCUGAAAAAGAGGCGAGCAAUACAAUAGAUCGAUUACUAUACACACCAUAAAAGUGCUUUUUAUUG